AUGCAAAUGCAGACAAUUAUUUUAUGUUUUAGCUUUUCCUUUUCAGCUGCUUUUUAUUUCCAUGCUGGAGAGCGGGAGGAGAAAUGUAUAAUAGAAGAUGUUCCUAGUGACACGCUGGUAACAGGGACUUUCAAGAUACAGCAGUGGGACAUAGGUAGACAAGACUUCCUUGAAUCUGCUCCUGGUUUGGGGAUGUUUGUUACUAUUACAACUUUCAACGAUGAGGUAUUAUUAUCCAGGCUAUAUGGUACAAAAGGGACAUUCAGUUUUACUUCACAUGCAUCUGGUGAGCACAUCAUUUGCUUAGAAUCUAACUCCACACAGUUUGUGUCGUUUGGAGGGAGCAAGCUGCGCAUCCACCUAGAUAUUCGAAUUGGAGAACACGACCUUGGUGCAGCUAUCGCUCAAGCAAAGGACAAAGUAAAUGAAGUAACCUUUAAGCUUCAACACCUAACUGAACAAAUUGAGCAAAUACUCAAAGAACAAGACUAUCACAGGGACCGUGAAGAAAAUUUCCGUAUGACCAGUGAAAAUACAAAUAAAAAUGUUUUAUGGUGGGCUUUUGUACAAAUAAUAAUCUUUAUCUCAGUUGGAAUUUUUCAAAUGAAGCACCUUAAAGAUUUCUUCAUAGCUAAAAAGCUUGUUUAA